GGCGUGGUGUAAGAUUUCUCUACCAGUGCUGAGGAGACUGCAGAUUGAAACACGUGGGAACGAAAAGCUCCGAAUAAUCUCGCUUUCCUCCAGUUUAGUGAUUUAUUUUCGUGUUUCGGAAAAACACCAUCCAGCCAUGGUGAAGCUUGCGAAGGCAGCCAAAAAACAGGAGACCCCCAAGAAAAAGGCUCCCCCACCUCCCAAAGAGGUUGAGGAGUCCAGUGAGGAGGAGGAUGACAGUGAAGAUGAGGAAGAGGCGCCACCAGGCAAAGCUGUGGUGCAGAAGAAAGUCUCAGCGAAGGCAGUGAAAAACGGGAAAAAUGCUGCCAAGGAAGAAAGUGAUGAUGAUGACGAGGAUGACGACGAUGAUGAUGACGAGGAUGAGUCUGAGGAGGAGGCGCCCCCACCAAAAGCAGCCAAACCUGCAGCAGCUAAAGCAACUCCUGCAAAGAAAGCAGCCCCUGCUGAGGAGGAGGAGGAGGACAGUGAUGACGACGAAGAUGACGACGAAUCUGAAGAGGAGCCCCCUGCACCAAAAAAAGCCACGCCUGCCAAAGCCACACCUGCAAAGGCAGCUCCUGCUAAAGCCACGCCUGCCAAAGCCACACCCGCGAAAGCGGCUCCAGCUAAGGCCACACCUGCUAAACCUACACCUGCGAAGAAAGCCGCCCCUGCGGAGGAAUCGGACGACGAUGACGACGACGACGAGGAUGAUGAGUCAGAGGAGGAGGAAGCCCCGCCCCCUAAGAAGGCAGCAGCUGCCAAACCUGCAGCUAAAGCUGCCAAAGAGGAAUCCGAGGACGAUGACGACGAUGAUGAAGAUGAUUCGGAGGAGGAGGAGGAAAUGGACACCACACCCGCUCCUGCCAAAAAAGCCGGAAUGGUGAAGGCCAAGGACGAGGAAGAGGAGGAUGACGACGAUGAGGAGGAGGAUGAUGAGGAUGACGAAGAUGAGGAAGAGGAAGAAGCUGCUCCUGUCACUCCAGGCAAGAGGAAAGCGGAGGAGAAGAAGGGAACUCCUGCUAAGAAAGCCAAGGCGGAUGGAGAAACUUUCAGUCUCUUUGUGGGCAACUUGAACGCAGAUAAAGGUUUCGACGAACUCAAGGAGGCCAUCGCCAAGUUCUUCAAGAAGGAGAGUCUUGACAUUCAGGACGUCCGUCUUGGAGGCUCCAAGAAGUUCGGCUACGUCGACUUUGCCUCUGAAGACGAACUGCAGAAAGCUCUUGCUCUCAACGGGAAAAAGUGCAUGGGUCUGGCCCUCAAACUGGACAGAGCGAGAACCAAGGAGAACGCUCAGGAAAACAAGAAAGAGAAAGACGCUCGUACGCUGUUUGUAAAGAAUCUGCCAUACACCGUAACGCAGGAUGAGCUGAGGGAGAUCUUUGACCAGGCAGUAGACAUCAGGAUACCUAUGGGCUACAACGGCUCCAGCAGAGGAAUUGCGUACAUCGAGUUCAAGACCGAGGCGAUUGCAGAGAAGAUGUUGGAGGAGACGCAGGGUACAGACGUCCAGGGCCGUUCCAUCAUGGUGGACUUCACGGGAGCGAAGAGCCAGCAGCAGCAGCAGGGUGGCAGAGGAGCAGCUCCGGGAGGCGCAAGCAAGGUCCUUGUUGUAAACAACUUGGCCUUCAGUGCCACAGAAGAGUCCCUCCAGAGUGUGUUCGAAAAGGCUGUCGGCAUCAGAAUACCACAGAACAACGGCCGGGCUAAGGGAUUUGCGUUUGUGGAGUUCGAGAGCACAGAUGACGCCAAGGAGGCGCUGGACUCGUGCAACAACACAGAAGUGGAGGGCAGGACGAUUAGGCUGGAGUUUAGCCAGAGCAGAGGAGACAGCAGCGGCGGCAAAGGCUCUUCAGGUCCCACGAAAACACUGUUUGUAAAAGGGCUGUCGGAGGACACUACAGAGCAGACGCUGAGGGACUCGUUUGAAGGGGCUGUCGCUGCCAGAAUCGCCACAGACAAGGAGACCGGCUCUUCUAAAGGGUUUGGUUUUGUAGACUUCGACAGCGAGGAGGACUGCAAAGCUGCCAAAGAGGCCAUGGAGGACGGAGAGGUCGACGGAAACAGAGUGACGCUGGACUACGCCCGGCCGAAGGGUGAGGGAGGCCGACCCGGCGGUCGCGGCGGGUUCGGAGGCUUUGGAGGCUUCGGAGGCAGGGGAGGCAGAGGAGGUCGGGGAGGUUUCGGACGAGGAGGUGGCGGCGGAUUCAGGGGUGGAAGAGGAGGAAACCGCGGAGGAGGACGAGGAGGCUUCAGAGGUGGCAGAGGAGGUGGAGGAUUUGGGAAGCCGCAAGGAAAGAAGAUCAAAUUUGACGAUUAAUUCUUUUUUUUUUUUUGUUUUUGUUUUUUGUUGUUUUUUUUGUAUCUCUAUUUGAAUGGACUCUGUUUUCCCCCUCCUCACACGUCUGCUCUGACGGAGCCUUUUGGACAUUCCAGAAAGCGUUGUGUGUCGUUCCUGGGCGGCUUGUCCAGCCCUCCUGUCUGAGAUGUCCUUCCGCAUCCCUGCGCAUCUUCAUGUUUUUCCCUUUGAGGGAGAAGUUGAAAUGUGAAUAUCGUGAAUAAUGCUCUGUUGGUUUAGAUACUUUUUUCCUUUUAUCUUUUUGUUAAAGUAUCCUUAAAUGGUUAUUAUUGUUUAGUUUUUUUUUUUAAGUUUGCUUUAGGUGCGUGUUUUAGCAUAAAUGUACAAAGCCUAUUGUAAUGGAUUGAUUUAAAUAUUACCCAGACUGGGUAUUUAGAAACUGGUGUACUGUCUCCAAGCAUCGCCUCUGAAGACGAAGUCAGGUUUAUAGAGAUCAGCAUUCUGACUCUGUAACUACAUUGAUUAACGUUCGUUUCAGUAUUUUUCAUGAAUGUGUUCAACGAGGAAAAAAACUUACAAAUUUUGAAUAAACGAAGCGAUUUGUAAAGAA